UGUUGGCGAACGACACAUCUCUAUGGCCGAUUAAAUUUCAGUUGUAGUUGAAUGUUCUAACUAAUGUUCUGAUAAAUUUUAUUUUCCUCUUUUUAUAAUUUGAUUUAAUUAUUACUUAUUAAUAUUUAUUCGUUUUCAUCAGCUUUUGAAUCUACUUUGUAAUUUACCAGUACAAUAUUCUUCACUACAUCGCGUACCUAACUACACCAAACAUCCAUAUCUUUAACAAAAUACAUAUCUACGAAAUAUAAGCAGUCAGGUAUGUCAGCAACUCGUGAUACGCAGGUCUGUGACGUACCAUUUCUCCGACUAGACUAGCGGUGGAGUCAUCGGCGGGGGCGGCGGCGACGGCUGUGGUGGUUGUGGUGGUUGUAGCGAUGGCGAACCAAUAAGAAACGGAGAAAUGCUUACAUCACGGUACAUGGAUGGGCGGAGGGAGGAUGCGCGAUUUGUUUCAAAACCGGUUAUUAUUGCUGACAUGCCUAUAUAUUUUGUUAUGAUAACUAUGAACUCCGGCCCACGAGAGAUCAGUACCGCAUUUCAACCAAAACUCGUCCGAUUUCGCGCAUCCCCCCCACUAAUCUGCCCACCGACAGUGUCGCUGCCAUCGCUGCCGGCCAUUUUACAAAUUUGACAUCCGAGUACGUUCAAUCUCCAAUUAAAUCGUAACGUGCGUUUACGAAAAAAAAUAAAACUGUGAUGUGUAAUUUAACUUACUCGUUGUUCUACGCCACCAUACAUCGCGACCGACUUACCGCGGACCAAAUCAUCAUUCGACCCGCCGUAGCCGCAUCAGUGUUUUCAGUCGUCAUCAUUUUUCCUGCUGUGGCUGAUAACAGCAACUUAUAAUUUAUAAAAUAAACCACACAACAAUUAUCAUCCUCAAGUGACAGUGAAGCAUUUACAAUGCGUGAGAUAAAUAUUGAUCAGACCGAUAAAGUUAGCAAUACAUUUAGACACAACCACUGUUUUGAAAAUGAUUUUUUAGUAAACAGCCACGAAUCUGAUAACGAGGAAGCGACUAAAUCAUCCGAACUCACCGAAACCGAGAUUAAGAAGCAGCUUGCAUCCAGGUUAGCACCUCAACCAUGUCAGUUGAUCGGCGAAGAUGUUUCUUACAGACUUGACAAAAAAGUCCCACAGUGGCCAAUUGAAUACGUCCUUAUAUGGUUCAAUCUAAUCGGGGGUAGCGAUUUUAUUAAAAAUUUAUUGGAAAAUCGAGUUGACGGUGAUCUAUUAUUGCGAAUAACUGAAGAUGAAUUAAGAGACGAUAUUGGAAUACACAACGGUAUAAUGAAUAAAAGAAUUAUGAGGGAACUAAACAAUUUAAAACAAUCAGCUGAUUACAGUAGUAUUGACUCAACAGGCUUAAACUCGGUCCUAAAAUCAAUUAACUCGGAAUAUUCUGUGUACACGUAUCCUAUGUUGAACGCUGGAGUCAACGUAGAUUCAUUAAGGUUUUUAACGGAUGAUCAACUCAAAAAUGUUUGCGGAAUUUCAAACGGUAUUCAUCGAAGUUGUAUAAAAGACUCAAUACAAAAAAUGUCGGGAUACACAGAGAACGUAGAUAAACCUUUCGAUGUAUUUAUUAGUUACAGACGAUCUACUAGUUAUGUGCUGGCUAGUUUGCUUAAAGUAUACUUGGAAAUUCGAGAUUACAAAGUGUUCAUCGAUAUGAAACGAUCAAAUGAUGCCAAAUAUCGGCAUGACGUAUUACAGACCGUAAAACAGUCAAAAAACUUUAUUAUUGCGUUGACGCAAGAUUCAUUAGACGGAGAUAUCGAAUCUUUAGAUAUGAUUAGUGAAGAAGUUGCGACCGCGAAACAAAGCCAGUGCAAUAUAAUACCAGUAUUGGACGAUUUCUCUUGGUCUUCGCCUGUACCAGAUGACUUGAAGAACUUGAAUAUGUACAACUCGAUAAGUUGGGCACACGAUUAUCAGGACGCGUGCGUAAACAAGUUGGUGAAGUUUAUGAUCAAAUGAUAGUAACUCAAAUAGUUUACUUUUGAUCUAAACUGUAUUUAAAACAUACUAAUAUUUAUAGUAAUUCCUAUUUAUAUUUUAAUUUGUAUACAUACAAAUAUAC